AUGGCGUCUGCUGGCCUGAUCUCUUUCCUGGCCGGCACGGCAGCCAUUAUUCUCAUUUUACUAUUGAGGCCCGUGCCCGCCUCCCCGACGACGAUGGCGACUCCAAUAUACCGAGCGGGAGCCGUCAAACGACACCGCGGCGUCCGGUUGCUCCACCUUAACCCAUCCGCUGAGAAUGCCUCCAAGACUGAUACUGGUAUUGACAUCAUUGCCAUUCAUGGCCUCGACACGAGGUCACCCGAGACCUGGGAGUAUAAGAAAGAAGACGGGCAGAAGACCAACUGGCUGGCCGACCAAGACAUGCUUCCCGCACAGGUUCCGGGCACUCGCAUCUACACAUGCGACUGGCCCGCCGAUUUAUUCGAAACGGAGGACUCGGUUCCAUUUGAGAUUGAGGAACUUGCUGUAUCCCUUCUCCAAGGAAUUCUUGGAUCGGAUACAAAGAGAGACCGACAGAUUCUCUUCAUUGCCUCAUGCCUCGGAGGUGUCAUCUUGAUGAAGGCCCUUGUCGAGGCGAAAGGCGCACAUGCUGCUAUUCGGGAAGCCACUCGCGGGAUCAUCUUUCUAGCGACACCGUUCCGAGGCACUUUUUUCAAAGACAUCUCCAGGUGGGCGCAGCCGGGUCUGAAAGCCUGGGCAUCGAUCCAGGGCCAACAAGUGACCAAGUUGCUUGGCUGGGUGAAUUCGCCGACAUUUGAUCUUGUCCAUCUAGUGAGCGAGUUCACCAAGCUUCGCAAUGACCAGAAAUCGGAGGCUUUCAUAGUUCACACUUUUUAUGAGACACGGUACACAUUCUUCCGCAGAAAAGUUCCAUUCGUUUCGUGGUUAUUGCCCCUGUCGAAGAAACUGCUCGUCGAAAUGGAUUCUGCGACACUGGACUGUGUCCCAACAACAGACCGAUACUCACUCGACCUGCCCCACGUCCUAAUGAACAAGUUUUCGGGACCGAGUGAUCCAAACUAUGAGAAAGUUGUGCACACUAUCCAGAGACUCCUCACCGAGAUUCAGACCGGAACACCUCUAGCGCAAGCAGACGCCUGGAUACGUAACAAACAUUACGAUAAGCAGAGGCUCAUGAUUGAACGGCUUUCUGGAGAUCCUCUGGAGAUGGACCAGUGCUAUAUCAACCUAGCGCUCGUGGAAACGAAGCAGGCGGAUAUUCCCAAAGAGGCAGUGCUUCAGUUGUCACCAUUCUCCUUAAGCGAACGACUGAAGCUGGAAACUCCGCAUGAGAGCCUCCGGGUAGAGCUACCGAAUCUCUUUCAGCCACGCAAAAUGCCUAAUAGGGACACGAAUAAGCCAAGAAGAAUACUGAUACGAGGUCACGCUGGGGUCGGGAAGACCACUCUGUGCAAAAAGAUUGCUCAUGACUUCGUUCAUAAAGGUAUGUGGCAAGAUUUGUUCAAGCGUGUGGUGUGGGUACGAUUGCGGGACUUGAAAUAUUUGUCCAAUAAUGGAUACAACCUUGGUGGGAUGCUCGAACACAUCUUUUUCCGGCAACAUGAGAACGGGAAGUCUCUCGGUCAUCAGAUGUGGAACCACAUAGAGGGCACGAAAGCGCAGGAUACUGUUUUUCUGUUGGACGGUCUGGAUGAAGUCACCCAUAUCAUCAUGGAGCCUGGACAAAGACCGCCUCAUCUAGGGCACGAACUUCUAAAAGGACUGUUGAACAGACCCAAUGUUAUAAUCACGACUCGGCCUCAUGCUGCGUUCCCUCGUGGCUUCCAGCCGCUUGAUCUCGACUUGGAUACGAUCGGAUUCAGUCCAGAUCAAGUCCAGAGGUAUAUCAAAGCGGUGAUGACAAAUGACAAGGACUCGGAUGCCAUUCAGGCAUACCUGCAAAAGAAUCGGAUCAUGCAAAACCUUGUUCAGAUUCCCAUUCAGCUGGAUGCACUUUGCUUUACAUGGCAGGCAAGCUCGAUAUGGAACAACAGCUCGACGGCUAUCCCAGAAACAAUGACUGCCGUCUAUGAAGCUAUGACAAGGGAGUUAUGGAAGAAGGACAACGAGCGACUCGAGAAAGAUGGGUUUCCGACCAUUGGAAAUUCAUGUCCAGCUGAAACAAAUCCUUUCGACUCGAAUGAAUACAACGAUCUUGGAUACUUGGCCUUUAGCGGUUUGUGCAGCAACGUGAUCGAGUUCCAACCGUACCACCGAAACGCAUUGUAUCGGCAAGUGAAAAAGGAUAAGACGAGCUUGUCGCUUGAUGAGACAUUUGCGCGUCUCUCCUUUCUACGGACAUCAGACCCAUCAAUGAACUCCUCUCGCCAGAGCUUCCAUUUCAUACACCUGACUUUCCAAGAGUACUUUUCGGCGAAGCACUUCGUGAAGGCGUGGAAAGAUGACCAGGAACUCCGAUAUACAGAACUAGACGAUGGGAAGAUCGAAAGUCGAAGUCCCUUCUUACCUCAGAGACCUCGUGAGUUCCUUCAGAAACACAAGUAUACUCCACGAUACAACAUCAUGUGGCGCUUCGUUGCUGGACUACUUGACGCUGAAGGGAUACCACAAAUCACUAGCUUCUUUGAGGCAAUCGAGAGCGAGCCGGUCGACCUUCUAGGACCCACACACCAGCGGCUAGUCAUGCACUGUGUGGCCGAAGUGGUGCAGUCGGUUGACCUCCGAACAGAACUGGCAGAACAGUUAUCACAAUGGGUGGAGUUCGAAUGCAACUUCCGAAGCACAUCACGCUUAAUCAGCGAAACGGAACUUCCAGCACAAGCCUUGAACCUUGUCUUAGAACGAGCUUCUGAGGAGGUAAAGAUGACAAUUCUGGACUCACUCAGCAAACGACAAAGUCUGCCACUGGAAACGAUAGAGUUGGUCACUAGCUGGCUGGAGGGGAUCGUUUCGCAACAGUUGCGACAUGCUGCUCUGAAAAUGCUUUCGGGCUCACGCGAACGUCUACCAAGCCCGACACUCAACGCUGUGAUACCGUGGAUGGAUGAUAAGGAUCGGGGGACGAAACAGUACGCGGCGUGGACACUUCGGUCUCAAAACAAUUGGCCUGAAGACGUGCUCAGAGACGUGAUGGCACGGGCCGAGAGCCAAGAUGCGGACAUCAAACAAAGAGCAGCGGAAGCGCUCCAGGGCCAGUCGACGCUGCCUAAAGACAUCAUUCGGACUAUAGCCUUAUGGCUUGAAGAUCGUGAUCCAUCUACCAGGUUUGGAGCAUUCAAAGUGCUCCUCCACCAGUCAAAAUUGCCUGAAUGUGUUAUUGAGGCAAUAGCGGCACAGCUCAGGGAUCAGGAUGAAUUCAUUCGACUGGUGAUUUUUGAAGUUCUUCAAGACCAGCCAAAGCUUCCAAGAGCCAUACUCGAUGAUAUGAUGGCUCGGCUUCACGAACAAGAUGAUGAUAUGGCUGAAUACAGACUUCCCAGUCACAGAGACCAACUUCCUGACAACAUCCUUCAAGCCGUAACGCUACGGCUCAAAACUCAGGACAGUAACAUUCGACAGAAGGCGAUACGAGCGCUCAAAUGUGGAAAUAAACAGCUUUCUGAGACAGAAUUCUCUGAUGAUGUCUUUCAAGUCAUGGUAUCAUGGCUUGGGGAAGACAGAGCUACCAGACAGAUGGCGUUAGAGGCGCUCAGCUCUAAACGUACAUUACCUGAGGGUGUCCUCAAGGCUGUGGCAGCACAACUCGAGGAUGAAGACGGAACUAUUAGAGAAGCGGCGCUGAAGAUGCUUGGAGAGCUUUGGCGUCAACGGGCCGUUCCCGACGACGUGCGAAAGGCUGUUGAGGCGCAACUCAAUGAUCAAGACGGCGCUAUUCGAGAAGUGGCGAUGGAUGCUUUAAGAAAGUUUGGGAGUCAACAGCCGCUUCCUAAUGAUACUAUACGGGCUAUAGCAGCACAGCUUGAGGAGAAAGACAACAAAAUCGUAUGCGCAGCACUGGAGGCGCUUCAGACACUUGGAAGUCGGCAGGUUUUCCCUGAAGAUGUCCUUAAGGCUGUAGCAGCACGGCUCAAGGAUCAAGACCCGUAUAUCAGAGGACUCGCGCUUCAACUCCUCCCAGAUCAAGCGGAAUCAUCGGAAAACAUCCCGCAAGCUACGCUGGUGACACGGCUUGAGAAUGACAGUUGGCAGGUUAGAUGUUCCGCUUUGGAAAUACUCGAGGGACGACCAAGCUUGGAUCAAGAUACCCUUAGUCGCAUAGCAGCAGAGCUUCGUCAAAAUGAUAGGGCUAUUGUUAGGCUAUACGCAGCCAAGGCGCUCGCGAGUCAAAAGAGAUUAUCUGAGGAUAUUCUUUUGGUCGUGACAGCACAGCUUGAGGAUAGAGAUGUUAAUGUCAGAAUGGCGGCAAUUAACGCACUGCGCUCCCAAACGGAAUUGACUAGAGGGAUCCAGGAAGCUUUGUUGGCUUGCCGCACGAAUCCAGAUUCGAAUGUCAGAUCGGACGUCAUGGAAAUAUUACGGAAGCAACCGGGCUUGUCCAAAACGUUUCUCACAGCCGUGGUACCAUGGAUGGAAGACGAAGAUUGGUACAUCAGAGAAGAGGCAGUGAGGUUACUUGGAACCAACCCAACGCUACCCUAUGAGAUACUCCAAGUUGUAACGGCACGGCUUGAGGAUGGAAUGGACCUGGCAGUGGCAGAAACCCUGCGAGGUCAACGAUCCCUGCCCGAUACGAUUUUGAAAUCCGAGGCUUUAUACCCUAUUUGGCUGGAAAGAUGCUUUGAGGAACAUAUAUACUGCUAUAUUGAGGAUGAAGUCUCUUAUCUGGAGUUGCCUGCGGGGUUGGGAAGGGUUCCUUUAUCAGGUCAGCUGGAUGGGCUCAGGAAGGCGAUACGUCAAAGGCAAAGGGAGUUGGGCAUGCCGAUCUGA